AUGAAUUUCAAUCGGAUUCCGACGCGCCUGUCGACGCACUAUGUGUGCGACCCCUACACCACGUUGAUGCAUUACCGACGAACGUUCAAGUUCCUCCAGGCGCUCAAGGCGAAGCCGAACUGCCGCGCUCUCUGCUUGGGGAACAAAAAUCAGGUGAACAUCUCCUGGCCCAAACACUUUGACGGUCUAACCGUAGUCACGUCCGCCGUCGCUGCGCAGUCCUCCAUUCUCUCCUCCGCCUCCGUUUACUACUCACUCAUCAUCUGUCUCGACCCUGUGCUGUUUGCCAAGCACCUGUACCGCAUCAAUGUCCCAGUCUUGGGUGUAUGUACACCCCGCGAGAUCCACGAGCACCCCGAGAUCCUCAAGGUGAUCGACUACCUCCUCCCCGCGCCCUGCUCGCGCACCGACGCCGCCCUCAGGCAGCUGCUGCAGCGCGAGUUCCUUGAAGACUCCGAGGAACAAAAACAAAUCCCGGGGUGAACAGCCGCGAAACACAGAGUGACUGAAGAGAGAGAAACUCACUCCCGAACGGCUCGCAAACUGCGCACGACGCCCCACUCGCCGCGACGUCCGUUCGCAUACCCGCAUACAUACAUAAAUUAUAUAAGCCUAUAUAUAUAUAUAUAUAUAUAUUCCAUAUUUAUAUAUGUAUAUGUCUACUCGUAGAAGGUGGGUCCCCAAACUACAUAGUGUCAAUGUAUGAAUAGACAUUCCACGAAUUCGCGCAUUUUUUUCAAUGUGGAGACUUCAGGGACACUAGUGG